AUGGUUAGUUCCGAGCAGGAAGUAUUGAGCCCUACCCAGACAUUCCCCCUUAAACAAAUGCUCACCACAAAACGCAUAAAUACAGUUCUCAGCGAUUUUUAUCCAACUUUCACUCUCUACAUGGCCUACCCUGCAACCCACACCGUCACACGUUUAGGGAAUAACGUCACGGCGAACGACACCUGGCACGAACCGGUCUUCGAAUUCCACCGCUUAAGCCGCCCCCCGAUGAGUCUGAUGCCAGCGCUGCAAGCCGAAAAUUUCUACACCCUCGCCCUCACAGACCCAGAUUCAAUGAACGUAGGAGGCACCAAGAGCGAAGUGUGCCACUGGAUCGUAACCAAUCUCACAAAUAUGGAACUCGCUCCAGAAUACCAUCCAUUUGAAUUAGAUGACAAAGUCGAUGACUACUCCCCUACUCCCAUACGGACCUUCACUCCACAAGUCUUGGUACCAUAUCUUGCCCCAGAAAAUGUAACUGAUUCUCAUCGCCUUGUCUUCGUGUUGUUAGAGGGUAACUCGUCUAUGGCGAACAAUGUAACUGUGCCGAAGGAUAGGAAGGAUUGGGGCUAUGGUGAGCGCGGGCACGGGGUACAGAAUUGGGCGUGGGAAAAUGGGUUACAUGUUGUGGGGGCUAAUUUUUUUUAUGUGUAA